CACCACAUAUUUCAAUGUUUAUUUUGUUUGGGCGACGUGCGCGAGCUGAUAUCAGUGAUUUCCGUCGCGUUUUCGGACUUUUCGGACUGGUUGAAGUCGGCUGAUGAUAAUUUGAGCCCGUUCCCGCCUCCAGCUGUCCAUGUCCAGUGUCCAGUUCCAAGCAGCAGAUGAGCAGAGUCAAAUCGGGUAUCGGGCUCAUUUGUGUGUGUUUCGUUCGUGCUUUCACUGUAAAUAAAAGACUUUUUUCCUCGAAAAAGUGUUUGCGGACCGACAUCGUCCUUCAAGACCAUUUGAAGUUCUGAGGCCAGGGCUGAAGACGGGGUUUCGGGCUUCAAACGUUCCCAAAAUCGACCAGAAUCUUCCGUAAGGGAGGAAAACUGCCCCAGAGCAAAAUGCUAACACAUCGUGCAUUUCGACUGGAAAAGUCCUUAAAAUUUCAACCUCUGUCCCGACUUGCGGAUGCUGGGUUGCCUUGCAGUAAGCUUCGGCUCUCAUCCACGGAGGUCUCGUCGAAGACGGACCAAGGCCAAAGAAGACGAUGGAAACUGCUCAGUUUCAGUCAGUGGGGCUGCAGAAAACUUGAGAGACCAAUAAGUCGAAACUGCAGAAAUCAAAGGGAACAUUUUGAACUGAGCCUUCAAUCAGGAAAGCAAACCCCAUCGCCAUCAGCAAGCUGAACAUGAUGGAGUCACCCUGCUCAAGACCUUCAUAAGUUAUCCGUCGUGUUCGAACGCCCUGGCCCCCGGUCUGGCAUCUGACCUGCACUACAACGAGGGUGUGAUCGCCUUCAUUGGUCCUGCUUGCGCCUUUGCCCUCGAACCAGUGGCAAGAUUGGCCGCCUACUGGGACAUCCCGAUCAUCACAGGCAUGGGUGACCAGCCGCCAGCCGAGGGCGAACUCUCAGUGACCUCGCCUUUCAUAAGCAAAUUUGACAAACUGAAGAAAGGACAGUCGACCAGGAUCUUCAACAAGACCGAGUACCCGACGCUAACGAGGAUGUCUUACUGCCAGUGCCGUCUUCGGCUCGUUUUUGCCAGCAUUUUCCGCCAGUUCAAAUGGCACCAUGUGGCCCUCAUCCUUGACAAAUCCGACCUCUUCAGCUUCACAGUUGGUCGCAACUUGGAGCACGGCUUGAAGAAAGAGGGCUUCCAGCUUCACGUUCGGGAAUUUGACGGCAGCGAAGACAAUAUCGAUUAUGCUGAUCAUCUGCAGGACGUCAGCAUCUACGCACGAGUGAUUAUUCUCAGCGUCCGCGGCCCACUGACGAGGAACUUCCUGCUCGAGGCGUAUUAUCUCAACAUGACGCGUGGAGAUUGGGCGUUUCUGGACGUCGAACUCUUUGAGAACUCGUACUGGGGCGACCACGGCUGGCACCGCAACGACACCAACGACACGCAGGCUCGUCAGGCGUACCAGUCGUUGCUGCGGGUUUCGCUUCUGCAGCCCAGGGACCCGAAAUUCAAAUCGUUCGCCGUCGAUGUGCGACAGAACGCUGAGAGGGACUACAACUACACCUUACCUGAAAAUGAGGAGGUCAACUUUUUCAUCGGAGCUUUUUACGACGGAGUCAUCUUGCUCGGCAUGUCCUUGAAUGAGACGCUCACCGAAGGUGGCGAAAUCGUCAAGAACGGUGUCAAUAUCACCAAGCGGAUGUGGAACAGAAACUUUCCUGGUAUAACGGGUCAAGUUCGAAUCGACGAGAACGGUGAUAGGGACGCAGACUAUUCCCUGUACGACUUCAACCCGAAGCUGGGCAAGUUUGAAGAGGUAGGUAACCACACCGGAAUAAACAAGACCUUCAAGCCUCGCUUCGGACGCAGCAUCCACUGGCCCAACGGAAAACCGCCGCCUGACGAGCCCGAGUGCGGUUUCUUAGGCAAGGGGUGUCUCAGCCCGACAGACGACGCUUACCCUAGUAUUAUUUUCUACGUGUCAUUCGCACUGCUCGCAUUCAUCGUAUCUGGAACUACCUUGGCGUGCAUCACGUACAGGCACGUGCGCGCCGCUGCCGAUUUGAACAACAUGUCGUGGCGGGUUCGUCCAGAGGACAUCAAACCGGAGCCGUGCGCCUCGAGACAGGGCUUACAGUGGAUGUCGGAGGGUCAAGUGGGCCUGGAUUUGGUCGGAUUAGGGGUGGCCGCCGGCGCCCGCGGCUCCGUCACUUCUUCGCAUUCCCUCAACAUCGGCCAACAAGCCUUCACCACCGUCGGCAUUUUCAAGGGUACGCGAGUGGCCGUGAAGAAAGUUGCCCGCAAGAAAGUGGACGUCAACAAGAAGCUGCUGUGGGAGAUCAAACAGGUGCGCGACGUGACUCAUGAAAACACGGUGCGCUUCGUGGGCGCCUGCAUUGACGCCUCGCCCGGGGUCGUGAUCCUCACCGAGUACUGCCCCAAAGGCAGCCUCAAGGACGUGCUGGAGAACGAGGCGAUCACUCUCGACUGGAACUUCAGGAUGUCGCUCAUCCACGAUAUGGUCAAGGGCAUGUGCUACAUUCACGGCAGCGAGCUCGGCGUCCAUGGCAAACUGAGGUCAGCCAACUGCUUGAUCGAUGGUCGGUUUGUCCUCAAGAUUUCCGACUUUGGCCUCCACACGCUGACGACGCCAUCGGAGGUCGCCAGAGAUGGCAACUUUUACACUAAGCUGCUGUGGGUGGCGCCGGAACUGCUGCCGUUGACAAUUGUCCCGGGCACCCCUGCGACCCAGAAGGGGGAUGUCUACAGCUUCGCCAUCAUCCUCGAGGAAAUAAUCGUGCGCGGAGGCCCGUACGAAGCAGCAUCGCAGUUCCUCGGUCCGCAAGAUGUCGUGGCUAGGGUGGCCGCCCGCGAAACACCUCCAUUUAGGCCGGCGGUGGCCGCUAGAGACGGCCAAGAGGAGGAUUUAAAAGAGCUUAUGGAGAAGUGCUGGGCCGACAUCCCAGACGAAAGGCCCAGUUUCGAGGCCAUCAGGACCGUAAUCCGCAGACUAAUGAAGGGACACUGCGAAAAUCUCAUGGACGACUUGUUGAGGCGCAUGGAACAAUACGCAACCAAUUUGGAGGCGCUCGUCAGCGAAAAAACCGAGGCCCUCAGCCAGGAGAAAAGAAGAUCAGAAGAGCUUUUGUACCAAGUCUUGCCCAGACAAGUUGCUGAACAACUCAUGUCAGGUCAAGUGGUGCAACCUGAGCAGUUCGAGUGCGUUACCAUUUAUUUCAGUGACAUUGUAGGCUUCACUUCACUCUGCGUCCACAGCACUCCAAUGCAGGUUGUUGGUUUCCUAAACGACCUCUAUAGCACUUUCGACAAAAUCAUCGGCUACUACGAUGUUUAUAAAGUGGAAACAAUAGGUGACGCUUACAUGGUUGUGUCGGGACUGCCAACGCGAAAUGGGGACGCACACGCCAGAGAAGUGGCCCUUUUAGCCCUCGCCGUGCUGGACGCGGUUAAAAAUUUUACAAUUGCCCACAGACCGGAUGCGCAGCUUGAAAUCAGAAUUGGAAUUCACUCAGGGCCUGUGUGUGCUGGCGUUGUUGGACACAAAAUGCCUCACUAUUGUCUUUUCGGUGACACGGUGAACACUGCUUCACGGAUGGAAUCCAGCGGACUUGCUCUGCGCAUUCACGUGAGCGACGCGACGAAGCAAAUCCUCAGCCGAUUCGGCACCUUCCAACUGGAGUUGAGGGGAGAAGUUGAGCUUAAGGGCAAGGGUCGGGUCACAACAUACUGGCUUCUGGGCUGCACAGAGCCCGACCUCCGACGGCCCCCUGCGACGGACGAGUCUGUUUGUCACGGGUCAACCACAGCCGCUCCUGCUGACGGCGGAUUAAAUGCGUAUCCUCUAGUUUUUAUGCGUCCAGCUGGCGAAGUGCCAGAAGUGAGGGUGACAGGUUGCGACACCUCACUGAACAUGGAGCCGUGCUGGCCUUCGUCGCCCAGAAUGCCCGCUUUGCAGCCGUCAAACUCGGAUUUGGAGAAUUUUACUUAAUGUGGAGAAUUGUGUCAAUUAUGAAAGUAUCAAUCUUCGUCAUAUAAAAAUAGUGUAUUUUUUUAUAAUUACUUUUGCAAAACGCUCGAAAAAGCAAAUCGCGGCGCACAUUUUUGUCAUACUUAAACACCAGCGUAUUAUGCUAAUUUUGUUUGUUCUGGUCAGGAAAUCGUUUUUUUUAUUUCAAAGUAUACAAUUGUUGAUCUCGAUUUUUCGACUGAUGUUUCCUCAGAUUUAAUUUUUUGUCUUUGUAGGCUUCGCUGGUAAAGUUUUGGAGAUCUUUUCCCGUCUGUGUGCGAAAAAUGUGUACCUGUUCGUUGGAGAAAGCCUAGUCAAGCGAACCUGACUGCUAUAUUUGCAAUGUUAAUUAAUCGCUGUCUGAUUGUUACGCAUUCCUGAGUUUAUGAGAUAUUAAGAAAAAGAUAUAAAUGUGUUUGAUCAGCAAUUAUAAAAAUAUUACGAGGCGUCAUUUUAAAACGCAAACUACUUUUACCGAGCGAUGUUGUGGAAUUUGGAGAACAAUUUUGUGAUAAUUGCAUCUGUACAGGGAUCAAAGGAAAGUUAAGCUUGAACGAACAAACAUCAAAAUGGGAAACCACGGGCCUAAAAUCAAAAUUGACUGGUCGAUAGCUUAAUUUUUCUCUGAGGUUUUAUGUGAUAAUACGCAGGAAAAUGUAUUUUUAACGUCGGACAAACAGUACCCCAGCAUCUGUCAUUAUUUAUUUGGUACUAAGAAAAAUAAAAGUAAACAGCAAAAUAAAUACUUUCAAUGU